CACUGUCGCUUCCCGUACGCGGUUCUAUACAGGACGCGCAAUGGCGCUUUAUACCUACCCAACUCUCGUCCACUAUGGAGAGCAGCAGACCGCAUUCGAGGACUUCCUGAAGACGUUUAAAUCGACCACUGUAGAGGCUGCCGAUCAGCUUGAGGGCCUGAACAUUGGCGACGAUGGCCUCAGCGACGAGUACGACUUCAUGGACGAAGACGACGAUGGCGCAGAGAGGGCACGGAGACAGGCCCGCGAUCGCAAUCCCAAGCAAAAAUACGUCCAGAUGUUGCAAGACGUCGCAGACCGUGUGAGAUCGGAAAUUCAGAUAGAUCUGGAUGACCUGGACACUUACGAAAAAGGGCAUGAGGGAGAACUCAAGCUGGUUUCUUCAAUAGAGCAAAACGCAAAUCACUACAUCGAAGUCUUUGCGAGAGCGGUGGACAAGGUUAUGCCAGAACCGGCAAGAGAUCCGACCUUCAAGGACGAUGUUCUAGACAUCAUAAUGAGCCAACGAUCGAAGCGAAAUGAGCACAUGCGAGAGUCACAGCCACAGGAUGAUGGCGCUCAAAUUGUGCCCGACUCAAUCUUCCCUCCAGCACUCACUCGCCGCUACACUCUCAAUUUCAAGCCCAGGAUGCCCUCUGGCUCAAGCAGCGACCGUUCUUCCAAAGCACUGGCUGUUCGGAACGUUCGAGGAGAUCAUCUGGGUCAUCUAAUCACUGUACGAGGAAUCGCGACCCGCGUAUCCGACGUAAAGCCCUCUGUGCAAGUCAAUGCCUAUUCCUGCGAUCGGUGUGGAAGUGAAAUCUUCCAGCCAGUCACGACGAAGCAGUUUACCCCCAUGGUAGAAUGCCCGUCAGAGGACUGCAAGAGGAACAACACGAAGGGAUCCCUCUUCCUCUCAACGCGGGCGUCCAAGUUUCUGCCAUUCCAGGAGGUCAAGAUCCAAGAAAUGGCUGAUCAGGUCCCGGUCGGCCACAUUCCUAGGAUGCUUACGAUACACUGCCACGGAGCGCUGGUCAGACAGAUUAACCCGGGUGAUGUUGUCGAUGUAGCUGGUAUCUUCCUGCCAACACCUUAUACUGGAUUCAAGGCAAUCCGAGCAGGUCUGCUCACGGACACAUAUCUGGAGGCUCAGUACGUAAAUCAACAUAAGAAGGCGUACGACGAUAUCGUACUGGCACAGCCCACGCUCCGGAGAAUGAACGAGCUCGAACGAUCAGGACAGCUUUACGAAUAUCUCUCUCGGUCGAUUGCCCCUGAAAUUUUCGGACAUGUCGAUGUCAAGAAGGCGCUCCUUCUCCAGCUUAUCGGUGGUGUGACCAAGGAAAUGGGCGAUGGUAUGCGCAUCCGUGGUGACAUCAACAUCUGCUUGAUGGGAGAUCCUGGUGUGGCUAAAUCGCAGCUACUGAAGUACAUCACUAAAGUUGCUCCGCGUGGCGUCUACACCACAGGUCGUGGUAGCAGUGGUGUUGGUCUUACGGCCGCAGUCAUGCGUGAUCCAGUCACGGAUGAGAUGGUGCUGGAGGGCGGUGCUCUAGUCCUAGCAGACAACGGCAUGUGCUGUAUCGACGAGUUCGACAAAAUGGACGAUAGCGACCGAACAGCCAUCCACGAAGUGAUGGAACAGCAAACCAUCUCUAUCAGCAAAGCCGGUAUUACCACAACUCUCAAUGCUCGCACAUCCAUACUCGCUGCUGCCAAUCCUCUGUAUGGCCGCUACAACCCGCGCAUCUCUCCCGUGGAGAACAUCAAUCUUCCCGCCGCCCUACUCUCCCGUUUCGACGUCCUUUUCCUAAUUCUGGACACGCCUUCCCGUGACUCCGACGAGGAGCUCGCCCGCCACGUCACCUACGUGCACAUGAACAACAAGCAUCCCGAACCCGCCGGCGGUGUCAUCUUCUCUCCCGCCGAAGUCCGCCAGUGGGUUGCUCGCGCCCGUUCUUUCCGUCCUACCGUGCCCCAGGAAGUCUCAGACUACAUGGUAGGCGCAUAUGUGCGCAUGAGGCAACAGCAGAAGCGAGACGAGGGCUCCAAGAAGCAGUUCACGCAUACCUCACCGCGUACUUUGCUCGGUGUGCUACGUUUGUCCCAAGCACUCGCUCGCCUGCGCUUCGCCGAGACUGUCAUCACCGAGGAUGUCGACGAAGCGCUUAGGUUGACGGAAGUCAGCAAGGCGAGUUUGUACGCGGAUGACAGGAACCGCGACGACCAUACGCCGAGCAGCAAGAUCUACCAUCUCAUCCGCGGCAUGGCGGCGAGUGGAGCUGCGGCGGUGGGCGAUGGAAGCCGCGGAGAGCUGGAUCUCAGGAGAGUCAGGGAGAGGGUGCUAGCGAAGGGCUUUACGGAUGAUCAGUUUGAGCAAGCUAUCGAUGAGUAUGCUUUGCUGGAUGUAUGGCAAACGGCUGCAGAGGGCACGAGGUUGGUGUUCAUCGAGGCUGGGGAUGAGGAUGAGAAUAUGGAUGAUGAUGACUUUUGAGGGGCUGAAGAGGCGGGGUUUCGGGUUUCAUGAUAUCAAUGGGUUCAAGGGACAAGAGUGAUGGCGUUGCGUAUAGCAUUGGUGUUUUGGACAUCACACCGUAUGUCAGGGAGCUAUGUUCACGGAGCUAUAACAGAUGGUUAGAACGAGCAAGAACCCUUUUUCCUUCACAUAAAAGUGUCAUAUGCGACGUGGCUUGAGAUCUACUGUGACUCUGAUAGACAUGGGCUUAGCCCUGGGACACUGUUACGCCAAGGCACUGGAAGCUGAUAU